AGUUCUUUAAUUGGAGGCUGCUUUGGAGGAAAUAAAAAAAGGAAUCGUUGUAAUGUUUCUGAGGUGAAUGGUCAACGUGCUUGCAAUCAAUCAAUUUAACUUAAUUUUAUGGAGUUUACUAAGUGUCCCAGGAUUUCCUGGCUCGAGUUUCUGAAGUACAGAGUCUUAAACAAUCACAUCUUCGCUUCGAAUAGAAUCUCCCCAGAUCCAGCGACAGGUCUAUGGGCCUCGCCACCUGACCUUGCUGUUGGAGCUGCAUAUACUUCCAAAGCGGCAGAGAAAAAAAGGCGAUCCGCGGCGCCAAAAGUCUCCGUUCCGAAGGUCCCGCGGUCGGCCCCGCCCCCAGUGAGCGCGGUCGCGUCACGUGACAUCAGACGCCCUCCCGGAAGUGCUGCAGCGGAAACGGUGGGGGCGUGUCUCCAGGUCACCCGGCGGCGUGUAGUUACCGGAGAAACGCGGGAAGUGGGGUCCAGGCACGGUUCUCUCCACCGUUAAGGCUGUUUCAGUUCCAGCGCGAGCGGGUAGCCCGGCCGAGGCGUCGGGUGCGACGCCAUGGAAGUGGUGGAGGCCGCCGCUGCGCAGCUGGAGACUCUGAAAUUCGAAAAGCAGUGUGAGUUUAAACUUUUCCUUUCCUACAGUGAAACAGAUUCAGAUAGUUCAAGCUCUUCCUCUUCCUCAUCAUCAUCCUCAUCUUCCUCUUCCUCUCGAAUAUUAGUUCCUCCAGUGCUGUCAGAUGGAGAUGAAGAUGUACAAGUUGAGAAGGAAAAUAAGAAUUUUCCUCUUAUUAAAACAAAAGAUGAAUUACUUAUUAACGAACUACCUUCAGUUGAAGAACUCACUAUUAUUUUGCCUGAAGAUAUUGAAUUAAAGCCUCUUGGGAUGGUUUCAAGUAUUAUUGAACAAUUAGUAAUAAUUGAAUCUAUGCCUAAACUACCUCCAGUUAAUGAGGAGACUAUAAUUUUUAAAAGCGAUCGGCAGACAGCAGGGAAGAUAUUUGAGAUAUUUGGACCUGUUGCACAUCCAUUUUAUGUAUUACGGUUUAAUUCUUCAGAACACAUUGAGAGUAAAGGUAUUAAAAUGAAGGACACUAUGUAUUUUGCUCCAUCAAUGAAAGACUUCACCCAAUAUGUAUUCACAGGAAAACAGGAGAAGGGAUCGGAUGCAUCAUGGGAAAAUGAUCAAGAACCACCACCAGACGCCUUAGAUUUCAGCGAUGAUGAAAAGGAAAAAGAAGCCAAACACAGAAAAAAAAAUCGCAUUCAAGGCCGGAAAAAAUUUAAAUCUCAAUUUAAUGAGUCAGGUGAAGAUUUUGCAGAAGUACAUCAGAAUUGGAAUGCUCAUAGCUCUGCUUCAGAGCAUUCACAAGGAUAUCAAAACAGAGAAUUCACGCCAGGAUUUUCCCGGGGUAGAUAUCCUCGACCUUGCCAUGGCAGGCCCCCACCUCCACAGUUUUAUAACUCAGAGCAUAUGGUACCUCAGGAGACUUCAGGAUUUCCACCUCAGAGACAAGAUAAUCUUAUGCCACAGUAUCCCUUUCCUCCUCCAGUGUUUGACAUGCAUAAUUUUUCACUCCCUCCUCCACUACCACCACCACCUCCACCUCCACCACCUGCAUUUGUAAACAUGGGUUGGCCUACACCUAACAUGCCACCUCAUCCAUUAUUUCCCAUACCAUACUCCAUACCCCCACCUCCUCCCCCUCCACCCCUGCCUCCCUCUUCCUCUUCUGGAGAUAGUAAUUCUUCUCAUUUUGGAUCUUACUAUUAGGUAAAUAUGUGCAUUACCAGAGAAAUGUAUAGAUUUUUUUUUUAUAUAUGGGAAAGCUUUUUCUUUUAUAUGGGAAGAAUUUUUUUUUAAGAGAUUAUGGAUCUAGAUUUUUAAAACAUUGUGAAAAACUGAAUGUUUCCUUUAGUUGUAAGUUGAUAUAUAUUUAUAACCUUUGUGAAAUUGUAUCCAUAUGAAAACUUCACUUUAGAUUUGUAGGGGAAAUUACAGUUAUGUAAUAUUUAAUUAAAACUGUUAAUCCAUGUAUAAUAAACUAUAUUUAGGUUUAAGAAUAGAUUCUGGAGCAACUUUCAUCAUGGAUGAAAACAUACUGAACAUACUGAUUUUCUUGUCGGUAUAUCUGAAAAUAGGAUGUUGAAGUCUUAUUGAGAGUCUUUAAAAUAAACUAUUUUUAUAAAUUUA